CUUUGAGCCUACCAGAAGUCAUGGUCAAGCGUCCUGUCAUUGCAGUUGCAGGAUUGGCCUGCGAAACGUCUACCUUCACCCCCUCGCGGACACUUGCGCCUGCAUUCCAUCCCCGCAGGGGAAACGAGGUUAUCGAUGAAUACAAAUUCCUACAAUCAGGCACACCACUGGGCGACGCAGCAGAAUGGUAUGGUGCUUUGAUUGGUCAUGCAUUGCCAGGUGGUAUGGUGACACGCGAUGCCUUCGAGGGGUUGGCAGGAGAGAUUUGUGGGCGUUUGGGCGACAUUAUUUCGACUACGGUUGUUCAUGGCCUCUGGUUUGAUAUUCACGGCGCCAUGUGCGUGGAAGGAAUUGAUGACGCUGAGGUUGAACUACUGCGACGUAUCAGGGCCGUUAUUGGUCCUGAUAUCAUUGUCUCGGCGUCGAUGGACCUACAUGGAAACGUGUCUAGAGAACUAGUUCACGAGUUGGACCUCUUAACCUGUUAUCGAACAGCACCCCAUGUAGAUGAGUUGGAGACUAAAGAGCGAGCGUGUCGCAACCUCGUUGGCCUUCUUAUACAGGCUUCUGACACCGCUGGAGGUCCGGUACGACCCCUCAAAGCAUGGAUUCCGGUGCCCAUCUUACUCCCCGGAGAGCAAACCUCUACGCGCAUAGAGCCGGCUAAGAGUCUUUAUGAGGCUGUGUCUGAAGUGGAGGCAGGACCGGGGGUGAUCGAUGCCGCGAUAUGGGUCGGGUAUCCCUGGGCCGACGAGCCACGUAAUCGCGGUGUUGUUGCUGUGACCGGAUGGGACGAAACGGCCAUCACUGCUGGAGCGGAGCGUUUAGCAAAGAAGUUCUGGGACUCGCGCACGGAUUUCAAGUUUGUCGCACCAACGGGGUCAUUCCAAAAAUGUAUUGACACUGCAUUGGCCUCUCCUGUCCACCCUUUCUUCAUCUCCGACUCCGGUGAUAACCCGACUGCGGGCGGUUCAGGCGAUGUGACCUGGGGACUGACAUGGCUACUUGACCGAUCUGAGUUCAAGGGCCCUUCCGGUCCGACAGUUAUAUAUGCGAGCGUCCCGGGGCCGCAAGCUGUCCAGAGAAUGGUUGAAGCAGGCGUCGGUGCUAAUGUUACCGUUACUGCGGGAGCGGAAGUAGAUCAUAUCCAUGCCGGUCCUAUCACUAUGACCGGACGCGUUCAUUCGAUCAGGCAUGGCGACAAGGACGCCGUCAUCGAGGCAGUCUUGCAGGUUGGCAGUGUGUUUGCCAUUCUGACUCAGCUUCGCAAACCUUACCAUCAUGAACAUGACUUUACUGACCUCGACCUAAGUCCUCGUGCUACGGAUAUAGUGAUCGUUAAGAUUGGAUACCUAGAGCCGGAACUGUUUGAUAUGGCUGCAGACUGGAUGCUUGGGCUCACUCCUGGUGGUGUGGACCAAGAUAUCAAGCGACUAGGGCAUAAACGUAUUCGUCGACCGAUGUGGCCUUUCGAUACUACUUUUCCGGAGCCCCCGGAUCUAACGGCACGGAUGAUUGCGAGAUCUAAUGAACCGAUGGAUGGACCUGAUGAGUGA